UACAGUUCUCACAUCGGCUUCUCACAGAGGCUAGUGAGCAUCAGGGCCUCCUCGGCCUCCUUCCAAACAUGGAGAAGAUAGAUCACAGCCGCUGACAUCGUGGGGGGAGCCAGGGUGGACACAGUGAUGGUGGGGCGCCCUUGGGGGGAGUCCAGCACCGACCCCCUGCUGGGCUGCGGGAUUUCCUGGAUGCCGGGUCUUAAGCUUUCUCCACUGCUCUGCAGAGCACUCUGGUUUUGGCCUCAGCCAACAUCUGAAUUCUGAUAGGAGGGAUUCCAUCUAACUCUUUCUGGUGAAGAUCCUCAUGUGUGAAAAUGAAGUCCCAGGCAACCACGAUUUGCUGUUUAAUAUUAUUUCUGGCCACAGAAUAUUCUCAUAGUAGAUUCCAUAUCCGCACAAAAGAUGGAGAUAAACUUCAGAGUCCUGAAAGAAAACCCAAGACUGGAAGAAUUCAAGAAAAAUGCCACGGACCUUGCAGCGCUUCUAACUGCAGCCAGCCCUGUGCUCAGCACUUUCAUGGAGAAAUAGGAUUUAUCUGUAAUGGAAACAAGUGGCAGAAAUCAACUGAAACAUGUACAAGCCUUUCUGUGGAAACACUCUUUAUGGACUCAAACAGUGCAUCACGCCUCUCUGUGGCAGCACCGUCUAUAACUCUGCACAUUCUUGACUACCGAACCCCAGAGCCCAUCAGGAGUGUAGCUCAAGGCAUCCAAAAGAAUUGCCCACUGGAUUACGCCUGCAUAAUUAAUGCUGUGAAAUCAUCAGAAGCAACGUCCGGAAAUAUUGCAUUUAUAGUGGAGUUACUAAAAAAUAUUUCUACAGAUUUGUCUGAUAAUGUCACCCGAGAGAAAAUGAAGAGCUACAGCAAAGUGGCCAACCACAUCCUCAACCCCGCGGUCAUUCCAAACUGGGCUUUCAUUCCAGACAAAAAUGUCAGCUCCGAUUUGUUGCAGUCAGUGAACUGGUUUGCGAGGCAACUCCACAUCCAAAAUGAACCUGAGCACAUUGUGGAUGAACUCUUCAUUCAGACAAAAGGGUUCCCCAUCAACAACAAGACUUCAGAGAGAAGUCUCAGUUUCUCCAUGAACUUGAACAACACAGUGGAGGGCAUCCUAGGAAUCAUAGAAAUUCCCAGGCAAGAGCUGUGGAAGCUGCCCCCAAAUGCAUCCCAAGCUGUUGGCAUAGCUUUUCCCACCCUGGGGGCAGUCCUGAAAGAAGCCCACUUGGAAAAUGCCCAUCUUCCCAGGCUGGUAAAUGGACUGGUCCUUUCAGUGAUUUUACCAGAAAAAUUGGAGCAAAUCUUAUUCACCUUUGAGAAGAUCAACAAAUCACAGAAUGCCAGGGCCCAGUGUGUUGGCUGGCACUCCAGGAAAAGGAGGUGGGAUGAGAAUGUCUGUGAAACAACACUGGACACCAAGAACAGAGUGAAAUGCCGGUGUAACUACACCAACGUGAUGAUGUCUUUUUCCAUCCUCAUGUCCCCCAUAUCUGUGGACAACAAAGUCCUGGACUACAUCACCUGCAUUGGGCUCAGCGUCUCCAUCCUCAGCUUGAUUCUUUGCCUGAUGAUUGAAGCCACCGUCUGGUCCCGGGUGGUCAUGACGGACAUAUCAUAUAUGCGACAUGUAUGCAUUGUGAAUAUAGCUGUGUCGCUCUUGACUGCCAAUGUGUGGUUCAUCUUAGGCUCCAACUUUAACAAAAAGGCCCAGGACUACAACUGGUGUGUUGCAGUGACAUUUUUUAGCCACUUUUUCUACCUCUGUCUGUUUUUCUGGAUGCUCUUCAAAGCCCUGCUCAUCAUCUAUGGACUGCUGGUGGUUUUCCGGAGGAUGAUGAGGUCCCGCAUGAUGGCCAUUGGCUUUGCCGUUGGCUAUGGGUGCCCGUUAGUCAUUGCUGCCACCACUGUGGCUAUUACAGUGCCAGGGAAAGGCUACAUGAGACGUGGUGCCUGUUGGCUUAACUGGGAUGACACCAAAGCCCUUCUAGCCUUUGCCAUCCCAGCCUUGGUCAUUGUGGCUGUGAAUCUUGUUGUGGUUUUGAUUGUGGCUGUCAACACUCAGAGGCCCUCUAUUGGCAGUUCCAAGUCUCAAGAUGUGGCCAUAAUCCUGAGGAUCAGCAAAAAUGUCGCCAUACUCACCCCACUGUUGGGACUGACCUGGGGUUUUGGAAUAGCUACGCUCAUAGAAGGCACUUCCUUGAUAUUCCACAUAAUCUUUGCCCUGCUCAAUGCUUUCCAGGGGUUCUUCAUCUUGCUGUUUGGAACCAUUAUGGACCACAAGAUACGAGAUGCUUUGAGGAUGAGGAUGUCUUCACUGAAGGGGCAGUCGAGGGUAGCAGAGAAUGCAUCGUUAGGCCCCACCUAUGGAUCUAAAUUAAUGAAUCGUUGAGGAGAAGACGUUGCUCCAUGCUUCAUGGAAGUCCUGGGUCCUGGCUGGAGAGUUGAACUCCUGCAGGAGGCUGGAAGGCAGGCUGGAAUGUAAAGGACAGUCAUGUUUCUUUGGAAGACUUUCUCUUCUUGCCAGAAAUGACGCCUAAACUCUCAGUAAGAAGGUUUGCCGAGGAAGAAUUGAGGAGAGCAUUUGGUGACUGGGCUUUAAGGACGUGGAUUUAUGAGCUCUUUCAUCUACCCAUGACCUGCAAAAGCCUAGCUUGUUGGUCAGCAUUGGCAAGAUUAAGACUUAAUCCCCUUUCACCCCCAAGGACUUGCUCUGCGGUUCCUUGGCUCAACCUCCCAUGUCUCUGCAUGGAUCCUGGCACUUUGGGAGGUCCGGAUCUGGAUCCAGGUUUAGGGCAGGUUGGGAUAGGCAUGGGGGCGGGGGGAAUGGGGUGGCAGGAAACAUACUUUAUUUACUUUGGAGACAGUUAAAGCAUGCCAGGUUUCCUAAAGAUAGGGAACAACAAUAAUAAUAAUAAAAAAGAGGACUUUGGGGGGAGUUGCAUUGUGCAGGUUGUGGGAUCUUAGUUCCCUGACCAGGAUUCGAACCUGGGCCCUCAGCAGUGAAACUGUGGAAUCCUAACCACAGGACCACCAGGCAAUUCUCAAGACGACUUUUCAAUGUGCUUGCUAUUUUGCUCUGUUUUAGACCUUGAGUAAAAUAAUUUUGCCCCUGGGAACUUACUUUCUUCAUUUGUGAAGCAGAGAAAAAAAUUUUUGUGGUUAUUAUUAUUUGUGUGUGCAUGUGCGUGUGUGUGUCUGUUUAAACCACUGUAUAUAUGUAAAACGAUUU